AUGUCAUUUAUUCUCGCUCAGAUCUGGUCUGCAGCUCCUUACAACCUCAGUGCCGCAUAUAACGGCUUCUUCUAUGUUGGAGGACUUGUUGGAGGUAAGAUUUGCGAUAUGAUUUCCGACUCGCUCACGGAACGCAAUCGAGGAACUUUCGAACCCGAAUUUCGCAUACCUGUCCAAAUUAUUGGAUCUCUGUUCUGUGGACUUGGAUUCUUCAUAUUUAUGUGGGACAUGAACCAUCCAACUCCUCACGGAUAUUACUUGGGAUCCGUCUGUCAUGGAUUCACUGCUGCUGGGGUAACGUUGACAGCGACAUCUUCCUCUUUAUAUAUGAUGUGGGUUUGGUCUCAAGCUAAAACUAAGAAGAUGACGUAG